AUGGCCCAACCAUGGUCCUUGGAAGCACUUCUUCUCAGGCUGCAUGUAGUCAGGGCGCCACGAGACUAUCGCUUCGUGGAGUUCUUCGCUGGUGAUUCCAAUGUCUCGUAUGCACUACGGUCCUAUCCAAUGGCUCUGGGGCACAAGCUGGCAUCGAUGCUGCCCGACAUGGUGUCCAGAAUCAGAAAGAUGUUCUUCGAUGUGGACUUAGUCAAGCAUGAAGGCUCCUCCGGGGCAGUGCCACCGAUUCUGGCAGAGCUGGGGAUGGACCCUAUGCAGUUCUCGCCAGAUACGAGAAAGCUUGUUGCUAGUUUGGCCAACACCCCUUCUUCCCGGGCCCUGGUUCAGUCACUAGCUGGUUCGAAACGUGAGCCUGGAGUGAAGCGUGAGUACACAUCGUACACAUCGACCGCGAUGUUCUGUAGUGUCCUUGCAAAGGGUGAAUUGGACGAUGAUGAUGCAGCAGCGCGAGCGGCAGCUUGCAAACGGCAGGCUGUCGAUGGAGAGCUUGCUGGCCUGCCAGAGAUGCCGAGCCGGGUUUCUCGUAAUCUCACUGAUGACUUUGAUCUAGCCGAGACAGAGAAAGCUGUUCUGCGAGAUGCUGAUGAUGCCAUCCGAGAUGGUCUAUCAAGUGCAGGUGUGCUUGAGCAUAAUCGCAGGCCUGCUUUUGUUACUGCACCGGCCCUCUUGCCAUCGGAGACUGGUCUGAGCAAGCAAGAGUUGCAGCAGCAGAGAGAGAUCGAGAAACGACGAAUGCAAGAGAUCCAGCUAGAAAAAACACGUUUCGAAGAAGAGAGACGUCAGAGGCUGGAUCAGCUUGAGCAGGAAAGGCUUGAGCUUCAGAGGCGGGAAACCCGACGCCUCGAAGAAGAGCGACUUCAGAAGGAGCUUCAGAAGGAGCAGCAAGAACGUCAACGGCUUGAACAGGAGCGACUUCAGAAGGAGAGGCUUCAGAAGGAGCAGCAAGAACGGGAACAGCUUGAACAGGAGCGACUUCAGAAGGAGAGGCUUGACAAGGAGCAUCGUGAACGUGAGCAGCUUCAACAGGAGCGACUUCAGAAGGAGAGGCUUCACAAGGACGAUCGGCUUGGGCAGCAAGCUGAGGUCAACAAUUUGCAAAAGGACAUCUUUGUGGAAGCCUUUGGGCUGCUAAGUGCUGCUAAGGUGGCCAAUGCCAUGUGUUGGGCUCAGAAGAUCACUACUGAUUCCACUGCUUUUCAGGGCGACUCGCCUCCUCAUGAUUUCGAGUCCUUCAAGUCUGCUUGCAAGACUGCAAUGAAACAGCAUGUGCAAGCUUUCCUGUCCACAACAGACACUCAGCUUGAUGAUGUGGGCACUCCCAUGGAAGCCAAAGCACGCCACGAGGAAUCCAAGCAAGUCCAGGAAGGGGAGGCUUUGAGGGAGAGCCAGGAGCAUGCAAAGGCGUUGGGGACAAUGCAGCAGAUGCAGCUGGAGGAGGAUCGUGACAUGAAGGAGAUGGAGCUUCUCAAAGCUCGGAUUGCAGAAAGGAAGAAACAACAAAGUGAGCAAGCCAAACUUCUCUUGCGCGCCAAAUCAUCGGGCAGCCUCGGGUCUGAGACAGCGGUGGCUUCCCCCUCGACCACAGCAGCUUCCUCGCCUUCCCAAGUCCUUGCACAGUCGAAGUUGGCUUUGCUUCAUGAGUCAGCCAAUGCCAGAGACCUCCCGGGCAAGCCUGUUGUGCCUAUGGUGGGGCAGCCCGCCGGUGGAGAUGAGGAGAAGGAUCACUGCAGUUGUUAG